ACACACAACCUGCCAGCUCUCAGCCUGUGGACUUGUGAUCACCUGGUUGCAUCCUGGAAACUAUCCAGUCACACCUAAGCAGGUGGCCCGCCCGUCCUCUGCAGGUUGAGGAAGCAGGAAAAGGCGGCAGUGUGAGGAGUGGGCAGAGCAGCUGGCAAUGGUGGCCGGAGUCCCAGCUACGAUGAGCUUUCUCUGGUGCCUGGCUCUGCCCCUUUCCUUCUGCUACUGGAAGGCUGGGGCCCCAAGGAGCUCUGCAGGCCCCAGUGGAUCAGGCCACACAGAACUGCCUGCUGUGACUCCGGAGCUCUGGACAAGCUCAGAGGAAGUCUUUCAGGCUACUGACCUCACUGAGCCCUCUGUGCCAAACCACGUCUCUUGGGAAGCUCAGACCCUGAGCAUCCAGACCUCUGAUAGGACCUUCAUCAGAGGCGGCUCCGUUUCAGAAGCAGAGACUAGGGACGACAAGACCAUGGCUCUCAUGACAAGAAAACCUUCCGAGUUCACGGCUGUGAUCUCUCCUCCCACGGCAGCAUCGUCCACAGGUGGCAGCCCCACGGGACGUGUAAGGACCACAGUUGACACUGUCACAAGCAGUGAGCUCUGGAAAGCUGUCUUUGAGAACCUUUGUACUUUUGACAGCUCUGAAGAAGCAAAGAGAAUCUUGAAAUUCAUUCACAUUUCUGCAGAAGCCGAGGCCCUAUCCUCAGAGAGCAGUGCCUCCUCUGACAGCUCAGUUCCAGCCGUCACCAUCUCACAAGUCCUGUCAUCAGACAUCACUGCUCUGACCAAAGCCUUGGUAACCUACAUCACCAACAUCAAGGUGAUCAACUGCAGAGUUAUGGAAACAGACCCAACUGCCGCCAUCCUUGGGACCUCACACAUAGAUCACAGCUCUGUAGGAGAACAUGCCCUGUCCCCUCCUGAGAGGUCAGCCUCGCCUGACUCCACUGAAGCAAAAUCACACCUUACUAGGAACACAACCUCUGUUGAGACCUGGACAAUCGCCCACGCCACGGAAUCAGUCACACCUGCAGGGACAGCCAUCCUCAGUAGCACCCCAGAAAAGGAAACGACAGCAGCCAAGGCCACCGCCCCACGUGGAACCUUGGUGACAGUCAGCAAGGGCCUCUUGGAAGAAAGCUCAGGCCUCUCUGUUGAGACAACAAGCGACACCAGUAUCUCAGGGAUAAUUACAGUCUUCACAGAGGAUGCAACAACAGUAAGCAACGUGACUUCCCCUGCUGAGUUCUCAGCUACAGUCUACAGCUUCUCCGAAGAAACCUCCACCACGAGUUCCACCUCCUCAGAGACUUCCACCACACACAGCACAUUCAGUGGGCCUGUUCCCACUAUCAGCAGGAGCUCUCUUCCUUCUUCCCAUCUGCCUAUGGUUGACAGCAUCCCAGAAACAAGUGUUACCUCAGCCAAGACCACAGCCUCAGCCAACAGCAGCCCCACAGCCUCAGCCGACAGCACUCCAGAAACAAGUGUUUCCUCAACCAAGAUCACAACCUCGACCAACAGUAGCUCAGAAACAAGCGUCACCUCAGCCAAGACCACAGACUCAGCGAAGACCUUGAAAACAGCCAGCGCAGGUGGAGGGAAGCCCUCAACAACCUUGGCCACCCCUACUCGGACAAGGUGGACAGGCAUUACCCCAGGCCCAGAUGGAGGCUUCCUCCUCCUGAGGCUGAGUGUGGCCUCCCCUGCAGACCUCACUGACCCCAGCAUGGCAGAGAGGCUGAUGCAUCAGCUCAGCGAUAAACUGGACAUGCUUACGUUUCCUGUCCAAGUCUCCCUGCUGCGUGUCAGGAGUGGCUGAAGAACACCAGCUGCAACCAGGCAAAGCUGCGCGCAGAAGGGAGCAGUGCUGCCUAUGACCUGGGCCCCACCACAUCCGGAGCCGCGUAACUGUGCAGAGAUGUACCUGGAAGGUUCCCAUGCAGAUCAGCAGAUCACGGCCAGUAUUGGGACCCUGGCUCACAUAUGCCUGGGGGUAAUAUGUAGGGAGGGGGUGGAGUCUGCCCCUUGUUGCAGAGAUGACCUUGGGCUUCCGCUGGCAUGUGUGUUGUACUUCGGUAAAGAGUGUGUGUGCUUGCAUCCUGCAUUAAAAGUACACUCAGUGUGGCUCAGGGAUAACUUUAUAUGGCACAGGAAUUUUGUGCACCUUCAUCGCUACCUUCCUCCUUCAUGCUCGUCUGGUUCUUGGCUUGAAAUUUGAUUACUGCACUGGCCCUGGAGCCUGCUGAACUGUGAGCUCCUUCGGAGCAGGAACCAUAUCUAUUCAUCUCAGGAUUCCUUGAACUCAGAAGAACACCUGGGCUGGAGUAGGAUCACAGAGAAUGCUUGGUAAAUUGACUUGAAUUUCAAGUUCUCGACACAAGCAGUGCUCAAUCAUUCCUUCCCCAUAACUCACAGGUCACAUUGUCUUUUAAAAAUUAAAUGUGGACUUUUUUUCUAUUAUAGAAGUAAAACUUGCUUUUAACGCUUAGAGAAAUUCAAAAGGACUGAGGAAGGAGAAAAAAGAAUUGAGAAGAGGAGGGGAGGAGAAAGAAAGAAACAUCUAAAAUCCCACCUCUAGUUGUCUGGAGUUGUCUAGUUUAACAAAACCAUUGUCAAUGUAUAUGUUCAGCCUCUCCUCGUGCGUGGUUCUGAGUGGAUCUCCACCAAGGGGCACCUUACAUUCAAUAUUUCCAAGAUCGAAGUACUCAGCUUACCCCUAAACCUGCUCUGCCUACAUCUUCCUCAUCUCAGUUAAUGUCAAUUGCAAGGAACUCUUUCUUAUUUCUCUGGGUUGGUUUUUUUUUUUUUUUUCCUUUCACAUUAUAAAUCCAGUUCAUGAAGAAAUUCUCUUGGCUCUAGUGUCAUCAAAAUAUGCUCAGGAUGUGAUCCCAUCUUCACUGCUCUCACCCUGGUCCAAGUUGCCAUCAUCUCUCACCUGGGUGACUAGUAUCUUCCUAACAGGUCUCCCUGUCUCUACCUUUACCCUUCACCCCUUGUCUAGUCCUGGAACAUCAGCCAGAGCUGUCCUUCCAUAAUGUAUGGCAGACUCUGCCACUCCUUUGCUUUAAACCCUCACGUUACUCACAGAAGAAGCCACACUCUUACAAUGGCCUGCAAAACUGUACAUGAGCCGCACACCUCCUCCAGCCUUUUGAACUUGCUCACUGCACAUGAGCCCCACUGACUGACUUGCUGUUCCUCAAACGUGUCAGGUCCUGAAUGCACGCUCAGUCUGCUUAUAAUGCUUCUCCUCCAGACAUCCACGUGGUUAACUCCUCCACCUCUUCCACCUUCUCAGUGGGUCUAACUGACCACUCUCCUCUGCUUUUCCUCUGUAACACUGAUCACAAGCUGACAUAACACAUACUUUAUUUGUCUUGUUUAUAACAUCUUCUUCAACUAGAAUGAAGAGUUUAUACAUUACAGUAUCCCUGUGUCAGGAGAGUGCCUGGCACAUAAAAGGCUCUCAGUAAAUACUUGUUAAGUAAAAGAAGGAAAUAUAACAACUAGGAUAUGACUCUGAAUAAGGGGAGUAUGUGUAUUUAAUUGACCCGCUUCCCUUUGCAGAGUGGAGUUUUACAAAGUAGAUUGGACAAAAAUAAUGUAAACUUUCAUUUCAGUGUAUUUGUUCAACACCAGCAACAGAAGAAAGACCAUGUUGUGUGCCUUGGGGAAUUCAAAGAUGUCUCUUCCCACGUGGAUUAAAGUUAGCAGGGAGAGGAAAACUCCUAUUCAUGCUUAGAAGCCCAGUCUAUCCAGUACCUUCUCAUGAUGGCUUUUCUCAAAUUCCCUAAAGAGGAGUUAGUUUCUUAGUCUCUUCAUUUCUUCCUAACACUUAACAUGCUAUGUCUUGAUUUAUUUAUUUACAGUUUUUUAAAAUCAGGGCAAAGCGCCAUAUAGUACCCAUCUCUGUAGCCACAGAACCUAGCACAGAGCCAUGGAGAGCACUUAGAUAUUUGCUGAAUGACUUAGGUGAUGGGCCAUGUGAGCAGAUGACCUUGAAAUAUAGGAGCACUGGGCUUUAAAAGGUAAGAAAAUUGGUAUUCAGUGUUGAAGUAAUAGAAUGUAUAUUUAAUGUAUAUUUCUUAAAUUUGAUAAAUUUAAUGAUAUAUUUGAAAAAAUGAUAUAAUUAAGCUGCACUAUAGUUAGGCAUGAAUGGACAGCAGCUUAUAUAACACUGCUGUUGUAUAAAUCCAAUUUUAAAAUCGUUUUUCUUCCUUUCUUUGAUACCUUUCUUUGAAACAAAUGAUACCUAUUAAAGUGCAUAAUUUAAUCUUAAUUACAUACAUAUAAGGACAUACAUGUACAUACAGUGGUGGCUUCUAAUAUCGGAAGCCAAAAAAAUCUGUAAAAUAUGGGCUACACCAACUAUUGAUUGAAGUAUUUAGGAAUUAAGGUGUAAGAGUUUAAUUAUGCUUCUCUGUGUGUGUGUGAAAGAGAAAGAGGGAGGGAGAGGGAAUUACUGGAAUUAUUUUGGAAUGACCAAAGUUAGCAGAAGUAAUGAUACCAAACCAGCAAGAACCAUCAGUGCCUGGAGAAAAUUCUCCAAUUAUUUAAGAUUCAAAGGUGUGUAUAUGUGAGAUGAAGAGGCCACAUAUUUCAUAAAGACAAAGGUGGGUGAGGACUAAACAAGACAGCCUGUCUAAAGGCUGUGACUCAGCGCAUACUCAGAAGGCAAAAACGCAAGGCCACGAUGAGGACAACAGCAGAUGGAACUUUUCUGAUGAUAGACUUUAACUGAAGCCUCUGCCUCGGCCUGUCCUUCCCUCCUUCAUCCCUUGUGAGGGGGACCAGCCACCAGUCAGCAGAAAACAGUGGAUGGUAACUAAUCCCAUGGAUGCACCCCAAAUUCCAAUGAGUGGGCAUGUUUUUGGUAUCAGUAAAUAAGUACAUUGGUAUAUCCUCUCAGUGA